AUGCUCACACCGGCAACGACACCGCGCGACGAUCCGUCCAAGAAGCGGCGGCGGCCCGAGACGACGACCAACGCCGUGCCUGGCCAGGGCCCGUGGACCAACGAAGAGCACGAGCGCUUCCUCCUCGGCAUUCGUCUCUUCCCGGAAGGGCCGUGGAAGGCCGUGGCCGAGUUUGUGCAGACGCGCAACGCCAAGCAGACGCAAACGCACAUGCAAAAGUGCAAGGAGAAGAUGCUGCGGAAGCUCCGGACCAUGGACAUCAACGUCGACGACGUCUCGGCCGCGUACGACGCCUCGACCAAGGCCAUGGGCACCAUCAAGACGUUCAAGCAGCUGCACUACAAGCAGUGCGAGGACGCCAAGCUGCCGGACGUUCACCCAAUUCCGUUCGACCCGACAAAGACGCCGGCGACCGACGACGCGAUCGAGCUGCACGUCUUUGCGUCCAUCGCGAACAUGAUGAACUUUGACGAGUGCCUCGACUUCUUCCUCGACGACAUGGCGCCGGCGCUCCUCGGCGACGACGACGACGCGUACUAG